ACUGGCGUUCGACGGACGAAAGUUUUGAAAUCAUUCAGCGCUCGAGCGUGAGAGUCGGCAGUUGGGUUUUUUCGGUGUACUCUGACAGAAAAAUUAUUUUUCCUUAGCAGGUUUUAAAUAUUUUUCUGUGGAACCAUGGAUCUUGGGUCGAGUCCCUUACGACCGUUGUUUCCCAAUCAAGCCACUAAGGUGAAGAAAGGUGAUGAUGGAAGAUUGUCUGUGGAAAGAAUCUACCAGAAGAAGUCACAGCUAGAGCAUAUUUUGCUCCGUCCAGACAGUUAUAUUGGCUCUGUGGAACCUGUUUCACAGCAAAUGUGGGUGUAUGAUGAAGAAAUUGGUUUAAAUUGCAGAGAAGUGACUUUUGUUCCUGGUUUAUACAAGAUAUUUGAUGAAAUUUUAGUGAAUGCGGCUGAUAACAAGCAGAGAGAUAAAAAUAUGUCCUGCAUCAAAAUCACCAUUGACCUUGAGAACAAUACAAUUACUGUAUGGAAUAAUGGAAAGGGGAUUCCUGUUGUGGAGCACAAAGUGGAGAAGGUUUAUGUUCCUAAUCUCAUUUUUGGCCAGCUACUGACCUCCAGCAACUAUGAUGAUGAUCAGAAGAAAGUCACUGGCGGGCGAAAUGGUUAUGGUGCAAAGCUCUGCAACAUUUUCAGUACAAAGUUUACAGUGGAAACUGCUUGUAAGGAGUACAAGAAAAGUUUCAAACAGACCUGGAAGAACAAUAUGGGUGAGGCACAAGAGGCUAAAAUCAAGCAUUUUGAUGGUGAUGACUACACUUGCAUCACCUUUCAACCUGAUCUCCCUAAAUUCAAAAUGCAAACUCUUGAUAAAGACAUUGUGGCAAUUAUGUCAAGAAGAGCAUAUGAUAUUGCUGGCACCUGCAAAGGGGUGAAAGUUUUCCUAAAUGGCAAAAAGUUACCUGUUUCUGGAUUCCGUAGUUACGUGGAUCUUUACAUAAGUGGCAAAGUGGAUGAAAUGGGCAGCCCACUCAAAAUAGUGCAUGAAGUUGUUAACGAAAGAUGGGAAGUUUGUGUGACGAUGAGUGAGAAAGGCUUCCAGCAGAUAAGCUUUGCAAAUAGCAUUGCUACCACAAAGGGUGGCCGACAUGUUGACUAUGUCACUGACCAAUUGGUUAACAAAUUAAUUGAGGUUGUCAAAAAGAAGAAUAAAGGUGGUGUGACAGUGAAACCAUUCCAGGUCAAGAAUCACCUCUGGGUCUUUGUGAAUAGCUUGAUUGAAAACCCAACGUUUGACUCCCAGACUAAAGAGAACAUGACUCUUCAAGCAAAGAAUUUUGGUUCACGAUGUGUAUUAUCUGAAAAGUUCAUCAAAGCAGUGAUGAGCUGUGGUAUCAUUGAAAGCAUCCUGAAUUGGGUUCGGUUUAAAGCCCAAAAUAUGCUUAAUAAAAAAUGUUCAGGAGCAAAACAAACCAAGAUCAAGGGAAUUCCAAAACUGGAUGAUGCUAAUGAUGCUGGAACUAAGCAUUCUCAUGGUUGUACUCUCAUCCUAACUGAGGGAGAUUCAGCCAAGACCUUGGCUGUGUCAGGUCUGGGAGUUGUUGGACGGGAUAGAUAUGGUGUGUUUCCUCUUAGAGGGAAAAUUCUCAAUGUUCGAGAAGCUUCUCACAAACAGAUAAUGGAAAAUGCAGAGAUCAACAACAUGAUAAAGAUAAUUGGUCUACAGUACAAGAAGAACUAUGAAGAUCAGGAGUCUCUGAAAACUCUCCGUUAUGGAAAAUUGAUGAUUAUGACAGAUCAGGAUCAAGAUGGUUCACACAUCAAGGGUUUAUUGAUCAAUUUCAUCCAUCACAACUGGCCUUCACUGAUCAAACAUAGCUUUAUAGAGGAAUUUAUUACACCAAUUGUAAAGGUGUCCAAAAACAAGCAGGAAGUUGCAUUUUACAGUCUACCUGAAUUUGAUGAAUGGAAAAAGAGCACUAACAACAGCAGGACUUGGAAAAUAAAGUACUACAAAGGUUUGGGUACGAGUACUGCCAAGGAAGCAAAGGAAUAUUUUGCUGAUAUGGAGAGGCAUCGUAUCCCCUUUAAAUAUGGUGGCCCAGAAGAUGAUGCUGCAAUCACCCUGGCAUUUAGCAAGAAAAAAAUUGAGGAACGCAAAGAAUGGCUGACAAACUUCAUGGUUGACAGGCGACAGCGAAAAUUACAUGGAUUGCCAGAGAAAUUCUUGUAUGGAAAAGGUACAAAAUAUUUGACAUACAAUGACUUCAUAAAUAAGGAAUUGGUCCUCUUCUCCAACUCUGACAAUGAACGGUCAAUUCCAUCACUUGUGGAUGGCAUGAAGCCUGGUCAACGAAAGGUUUUAUUUACCUGCUUCAAGAGGAAUGAUAAACGUGAAGUCAAGGUCGCUCAGCUGGCUGGUUCUGUUGCUGAGAUGUCAGCCUAUCAUCAUGGUGAGGUAUCCCUUAUGAUGACAAUUGUUGGAUUAGCUCAGAACUUCAUAGGCAGCAAUAAUAUCAAUCUUCUGCAGCCAAUUGGUCAAUUUGGUACGAGACUUAAUGGUGGCAAAGAUGCUGCAAGUCCUCGAUACAUUUUCACUAUGCUCAGUUCUUUGGCCCGGCUCUUGUACCCAGCCGUGGAUGAUAAUCUCCUGAAGUAUCUGUAUGAUGAUAACCAGCAAGUGGAGCCAGAGUGGUACAUCCCUAUUAUUCCUAUGGUGCUCGUGAAUGGUGCUGAUGGUAUUGGCACAGGAUGGGCUUGCAAAAUUCCCAAUUAUGAUGCAAGAGAAAUUGUUAAUAAUAUCAGGCGUUUGCUGGAUGGAGAUGAUCCAGUCCCUAUGCUUCCUAAUUACAAGAACUUCAAAGGAACAAUUUUUGAGUUGGGUGCCAAUCAGUAUAUGAUCAAUGGUGAAAUCUCGGUGUUGAAUGCCACCACAGUAGAAAUUUCAGAGCUACCUGUCAAGACCUGGACUCAGGUGUACAAAGAGCAAGUACUUGAACCAAUGUUGAAUGGAACAGACAAGACUCCAUCAUUGAUCACUGACUAUAAAGAGUAUCACACUGAUACUACUGUGCGUUUCAUAAUAACGAUGACCGAACAGAAGCUGGCCGAAGCUGAGUUAGCAGGAUUGCAUAAAGUCUUCAAACUGAAUGUCCCUCUUACAUGCAACUCAAUGGUGUUAUUUGAUCAUGUUGGUUGUCUGAAAAGGUAUGAAAAUGUACAAGAAAUACUGAAAGAGUUCUUCGACUUAAGGUUGAAAUAUUAUAAUUUAAGAAAAGAUUGGCUUGAGGGAUUUUUGGGAGCAGAAUAUGGAAAACUAAGCAACCAAGCUCGUUUCAUUUUGGAGAAAAUUGAAGGCAAACUGAUCAUUGAAAACAAGCCAAAACGCGAAUUGAUUCAAUUACUUCUUGAUCGAGGUUACGAUUCAGAUCCCGUAAAAGGGUGGAAAGAAUCUCAGGAAAAGGGGCAAGAAUCUGAGCUGGAAGAUACAGAAGAGGAGGAAGAAGCAACCACUUCUGGUCCAGAUUUCAAUUAUCUUUUGAAUAUGCCCAUGUGGUAUCUGACAAAAGAAAAGAAAGAUGAAUUGCUCAAGCAGAGAGAUGUCAAAGAGAGGGAAUUAAAAGGUCUGAAAAAGAAAAGCCCUGAAAAUUUGUGGAAGGAAGAUCUGGCAGCUUUUAUUGAGGAGCUUGAGCGUGUGGAGAUGCAGGAGAAAGAAAAUGAGAUGGCUCACAUUGGUAAGGCUGUUAAAGGAAAAGCUGGUAAGGGUAAAGUAAGAAAGCUGCAGUUGGAGGAAACCAUGCCAUCUCCCCAAGGCAGAAGGAUUGUCCCUAGAGUUACUACUGCCAUGAAGACAGAGGCCAGCAAAAAGGUUAUCAAGAAAAAAGGAAAGGGUGAAACAGAUUCGCUUGCUGUUAAGAUGAGAUUUGAUGAUAAAGAAGAAGAUUCUCUUGAACAUGCAAGCCUUGCAGAUAGACUGAUUAAAAAAGCACAAGCAGGGCCCAAGACUAUGCUAAUGGCGCAGAAGCAGACAAAACUUCAGUUUAAACCUCUUGAACAAAAGAAAAAGAACCCUUGGUCUGAUUCCGAGUCAGAAUCAGACAUUGAUUUGGAAACUGUUGAUCUUCCUCCCAGAAAAAAACCACAAAGGGCAACAGCUUCAAAGGUGAAGUAUGUGCUUUCAUCAGAAGAUGAUGAUGAUGUUGGAAUGAGCAGUGAGAGCGAUGAUGAAUUUCAUAUUUCUGACAGUGACUCGGAGUUUCCAGCUCCAAAAGCAAAGCAUCCCUCUAAGAAAGUUCAGUCAAAGGCUUUGGUUAAAACUGUUCCCCGUGCAAAUGAAUUUUUGCAAUCUACAAAAUCAUCUUCCAAAGCAUCUGAAGAAAACAUAUUUGAUUCACUCUCCUCUGAUUCUGAUGAGCCUGCUGCAGUGAUGCAGUUUGAUGUAGCAGAUGAAAAAGAAGAUAAACCUGAAAUUACUAAAGCAGCAAUCCAGAAACCAGCAGCCAAAUCUCUUGGAGACAAAACAGCACCAAAAAAACGUGCUCUUGGUAAAAAGCCCACCACCACUUCUAAAAAAGAUGAGAAACAGCCUUCCAUCUUUGAUGCUCUUACCAAAAAAAAGGCAGCUCCAAAAUCAACUAAGUUGCCUGCUAAAACAAGCAUUAAUAUAUCAUCCGAUGAAGACAGUGCUCCAAAGAAAGUUGUGACUGCUAAGGCUAAAAUACCCAAAAGGAAGAAGGUUGUUAACUCAGAUUCAGAAGAUGAAUUUGGAACCAUAUGCGUAAAAACCACUAACAAUAAAAAAUCCAAGAUGCUGGACGAUGAUAGUUUCCACAUUGAUGAUGCUGGACCCUCCAACUUCACUGUUGACAUGGAUAUAGCACCCAGAGUUACAACAGGUCGUGCAAAAAUGCCUGUCCGAUACCAAGAGGAGGACGACGACGACUACUCUGAAGAGGAUAUAUUUUAAAACAGUUCGAUUUUAGCACUGCGCUGCUGAUCUUGUUUCAAGUUUGACAAACUGGAAAUAUCAAAUUUAGUUCUAAGUGUAGUUCUUCAGUUGUUGAUGUUUUCCUAGUUUCAGUUUGGGUGGGUAGAGAGGGCAAAAUUCCUGUUCUUGAUUCUAUCUUGAUGAGAUGAGAGGGGAUAGUUGUUGAAAUGUUGUUGGCUAAUUUUAAUUGUUGUAAAUAUUUGCUUAUGACUUGUCCUUACACUCUCCAACCUGUUCUCUUACUCUUGCACUUAAAAUAUUUUUUCUUUAAACAGUUGUUCAUUGUUUCAGUGGAAGUGUAUUUGUAGCACAAAAUAAACAGCUGUUUACUUUA